AUGGGAACUUCGAAUGAUGAGCUGCUCGGCGCUCGAUUGAAUUCUCCCGUUAGAAUGUCACCUUCAAAACUUAGUAUGAAUCACGGUACUUUUAUGGCGAACAUUCAAAAUGGUAAUAGCCCCACUAAAGGUGGUUCGCCAGGGGUUUCGUCGAGUACGAGGGUCAUAGAAGCUCUGCAUGCCCAGAUUGACAAUUUGACCAGAACAAAUUUGGAGCUAACCGUACAAUCAAACAACUUAUUGACCCGAUUGGAAACCGCAACCAACAAUCACAGUAAGCAUCUAGAGAGCAUGUCGACACUGAAGCACGAGAACGACAACCUCAAUUUAAUGCUUAGUCGCAAGGAAAGGCGUGUGCGAGACCUCGAGCAACAAGCGGCUCAGCUCAGAAACUCCUACGAAGAAGCAGCGCUCAAUAACAAAACCAUGCAUAGUAAAAUACAAAACUAUAACCAGCGAGAAACAAACCUCGAACAAAAUCUCCAACAGGUACAAGUACAGUACGAUGCGCUCCUCGAUGGUCAAAGGCGGUAUCGCGACCAGUAUUCUCGAGAAAUUCAGGAGCUGAAGGACCAAUUACAGAGUUUCAGACGAGACCAGGGAACGUAUGUCACCGAGACUCUGCAAACGCUUCUAGAAAACCAUUCAUCGUUGCAAACUCGAAUUGAUGAGUAUGCGAACAAGUACCAGAAACUGGCAUCUGUGGAACAAGAACAUCGAGAUUUGCUCAACUACGAAUGUGAGUCAAUGCGCUCCCACUUAGAUCUACCUAAAUGGGACCAGCUCUAUCAAGAAUCCCGAAACUUGGUUAUUGAUUAUGCUGAAAAGGCCAAUGUGACUUUGCCAACAUCAUUUUUGAGCCAACAUUCUCAAAGUAACGGAAGACCGGGCGCUAAGUCACCACCGAUACCCCAGAACGGCCAUCAUAAUGGCUUCACUAACGCCUUUAGUCCAGCAGUCACUCCAUCGUCCACAUUCGUAAAUCCACAACAGAUUCGGGUGCCCAAACAGCGCAAUUCGUCAUCGUCGGCCAAGAGAAGCAGCUUCUACGGUUCCAAUGUUUCGAUUGCGGGUUCUCCGGUCCCAGGAAUUAAGCAGUCUCCUGGAUCGCCGGCCAUUGCAUCCUCUGCGACGCUUCCAGGCGUUAGGCGCUCGUCGUCAAUCAGAAGCUCCUCUUCUUCCAGAAACUCAUCGGGCGAACUUUCGAGUUCCGAUACCAAUAAUUCAAGCUCGAAGCCAUAUUCCAAGCCUUUUUCAGGAUACAAAAAAAGAGGACGCCGUCACAGGCCUCAAAUAAGGCAAACGACUUCACAUUUGGCUAACAAUUGUCUCUAUUAUACAUGUACACAUGUAUAA